GGGCCACCCCUAUUGGGCCCAAAUGGGCUUCUUCUAAUGGCAGGGGGUCCAGAAACCCAAAAAGAUCGUCCGAAGAUAAUUAAAUUUAUCAAAUAAUAAAUGAAGAUCAACCAAGAAAUUCCAACAUGUGGUGGAUAGAUAUAAGUUAUUAUAAGACCCAAACACAAAACUGGGAGACAAGUUUAAUUUAAGUAGAGAGAAGAGAGAGAAGAAAAAAAAGGAAAAUGGGUGGGGAAGGGCAUAUUUUGAAGAGAAUUGCACGCAUUAAAUUCCCACAAAGACACCCAGAAUCAUCAACCUCAGGUUCUACUUGUUCACAAGCUCAGCAUGAAACUGAAAGUCUAGGGUCAGAUGUCCCAGCACCACCCAAAAACACUGCAGCGGGAGGGAAAGCUUCUCUUCAGCCAGAACGUACACCUGUCUUGGCCAAGGAAAUAGAAGCCAUUCUAUUGGGUGGAUGCAUUUGAAUUUGAAUUUGAUGAUGGAGGAGAAAAUGGAGAAACACGGUGUUUCAAAAUGACAAGUUGGGAGUGUUGUUGGGUUGCAGAGAAAGAUGAUGUCUUCUUCAUGUCUUGUUAUUAAGAUAUGCACAAAAAAACUUGUUGGCCUUUGAUGCAUUGCAAUUCGAUUGAUGUUCUGUGAGCGCCAGUUUGGUUGAUUUUCUGCUCUUAAACAUAAUAAUAAUUCCCCAUCAUAUAUAUAAUCUUAAAUAAUUGGUGAAGAACCAAAACUGUACAUUAUUCCUUUAAAACAACCACGCAAAAAAGACCCGGGUAAAA